AUGGAAUUGCCUGGUAAAUGUUGUCCAGCUCAGUUUGACGUAGUAUACAAUGAUGAUGAUCUGCAUGUUUGUUCUCUAAACACUCAAUACCAUUCACUGAAAUUACAAUAUAAACGUGAACAACCAUUUUUAGCUGUCAACAUUUUUACUGGCGAUAACAAUAAUUUAGAGUUGACUGAAGACUCACCUUUAACCAUCAAUGACACAUGUAACUUGUCGCAUUGUUGUUUUGUAAUUACGAUAUUCAAUUCAUUGUCACAAUUUCAUAUUUUUUGA